CCUCUCUGGACUCUGAGCUCCAUGAGGUCAAAGGCUGCGCUUUUACUCCAGAGAUUCAGCCAGGAGAAUGGUAGACCCUUAGUAGAUGUUUGCUGAGCAGAGGAUACUUCGGGGAGCUCACCGAGUCCAUACGCAGGGAAUAAAGUAGUGAAUGAACGAAUAUGGGCCAUUGUCACAGAGUAUUACUUGACUUAGACAAUGAUAGCUGCUGUAAAAAGCUCAACACAUGGACCUAUGACAGUAUCUGUCAGGAGGACCUGAUCAGCCCUGAGAGCUAAGGAAGGCUGGCUACCUUGGAACGUGGCAUUCAAACUAUGCUUUGAAGAGACAGCCCUCUCUGUUGGAGCUUUUCUGCGCUGGCUGAGGAAACUGGUUCUGCGUGAUGUGUUAUUGCCCCUCCUUCUGAACAGGAACAAUGUUUCAUAUGAAGCAAAUGUCUUUCAGUUGCUGGUGGCAUUUCUGACAGCUUCUGGAAGAGGGGUUCUGCUUGGCAGAUUCCCGGAGUGUCUUCUACAUGCUUCAACCUGUUCUCUCCCAGUGUGGUGCACUUCAGGUCUGGGUUCACAUUGAGCCACCUGAGAGGAGCUGGGAACGUGCUGUUUCUCAUCAUUUCCACCCAGCAAGAGAAUUGGAGAGAAAGAGCUACACCCAAGCCAAUUAUGGCAGGGUCCUUGGGGGCUGUUAUGUAAUCUUCCAGAGACAGUGGAAUGGAGUGGGCCUUGAGUUCCAGUGGGCACACUGGCUGAAGUCUUUUCUGUACUCCAGGUCUUGGGCCAUCUGUGGUGGAGCAAGCUCCCUCAAUGCUGGAGAAAGUCCUUUGGCAGAGAAGAAGCUUACAGCAUGCUGGGACCUGCCUGCUGCACCUGUGGGGGGAUUUAGACUUGUUUUCCAGGACUCGUGUUCUGCAUUCUCCCAUGUGCCUUGGGUACCAGCCCUGACAUCACUGGACUGCACCAUCCAUGCUGAGAAUUCUAUACCUUUGCUCUUGCUGUUCCUCCAGCCCAGAAAGCCCCUCCCCAGCUGGCCUCCUUGGUGGAUGGUUUGAUCAACAGUUCAUGGUUUGUCUAGAUGGAGUGAAGAUACCAAAAUGGAGUAGGAGACAGAUCAGAAACCUCAAGAGGGGAAACUCAAGGCAUAUAGGAGCGAAUUAUGAGCAAUGUUCUGGGAUGGUGCCGGAGAUGCGUGGACCGAGCCCAGGCCGCAGGCUGCCCGAGCCCGCCCCCUGCCCCGCCGCAGGCGGGAACCCUGAGCCCUGGGCCUUGGGCCGCCGCCACCGCCACGUCCUAGCCCUGCCUGAGGAGGAGGCAUGGCGGCCCCAGCAGUGCGCCCUGCUCGAGGCCGACGCCUCGGACGAGGUGGGCAUGCUGCCCGCCUCCCCGCGUGCCAUCGCCGCGGGCUUCGACAACUUCUUCCCGGUGCAGGAGGGUGAGGGCCCCGGCUGGGAGGGCGGCGCGGCCCUGGAAGCUGGCUCCAGCCCGUUCCUCCCGGUGAGCCCCGAGGUGAUGAAGCGGCGGCGUGGGGGGCUCAUCGAGCAGCGCGACAUCAUCAAGGCCCACGAGGCGCACAAGAUGCAGAGCACCCCGCAAGCCCGGCGCAAGGAGUGGGAGAUGGCUCGCUUCGGGGAGGCGGUGGUCGGCAGGCCGGGGUCGGGCGAUGGAGACUCGGACCAGAGCAGGAACCGGCAAGGAACCCCGGUGCCGGCCUCGGGGCCAGCGGCCGCCUACAAGCAGUCGAAAGCGCAGAGGGCGCGGACUAUGGCUUUGUACAACCCCAUUCCCGUCCGGCAGAACUGUUUCACCGUCAACAGAUCCCUGUUCAUCUUCGGAGAAGAUAAUAUUGUCAGGAAAUACGCCAAGAAGCUCAUCGAUUGGCCGCCGUUUGAGUACAUGAUUUUGGCCACCAUCAUUGCCAACUGCAUUGUCUUGGCCCUGGAACAGCAUCUUCCUGAGGAUGACAAGACCCCGAUGUCCCGCAGACUGGAAAAGACAGAACCAUAUUUCAUUGGGAUCUUUUGCUUUGAAGCUGGUAUCAAAAUUGUGGCCCUGGGGUUCAUCUUCCAUAAGGGCUCGUACCUCCGCAAUGGCUGGAAUGUCAUGGAUUUCAUCGUGGUCCUCAGUGGCAUCCUGGCUACGGCAGGAACCCACUUCAACACACAUGUGGACCUGAGGACCCUUCGGGCUGUGCGUGUCCUGAGGCCCCUGAAGCUCGUGUCAGGGAUACCUAGCCUACAGAUUGUGUUGAAGUCCAUCAUGAAGGCCAUGGUGCCUCUUCUGCAAAUUGGCCUUCUGCUCUUCUUUGCCAUCUUGAUGUUCGCCAUCAUUGGCUUGGAGUUCUACAGUGGGAAGUUGCACCGGGCAUGUUUCACGAACAGUUCAGGUAUUCUAGAAGGAUUUGACCCUCCUCACCCAUGUGGUGUGCAGGGCUGCCCAGCUGGUUAUGAAUGCAAGGACUGGAUUGGCCCCAACGAUGGGAUCACCCAGUUUGAUAACAUCCUUUUUGCUGUGCUGACUGUCUUCCAAUGCAUCACCAUGGAAGGAUGGACCACCGUGCUGUACAAUACCAAUGAUGCCUUAGGAGCCACCUGGAAUUGGCUGUACUUCAUCCCCCUCAUCAUCAUUGGAUCCUUCUUUGUUCUCAACCUCGUUCUGGGAGUGCUUUCCGGGGAAUUUGCCAAAGAGAGAGAGAGAGUGGAGAACCGGAGAGCUUUCAUGAAAUUGCGGCGGCAGCAGCAGAUUGAGCGUGAGCUGAAUGGGUACCGCGCCUGGAUAGACAAAGCAGAGGAAGUCAUGCUUGCUGAAGAAAAUAAAAACGCUGGAACAUCAGCCUUAGAAGUGCUUCGAAGGGCAACCAUCAAAAGGAGCCGGACAGAGGCCAUGACUCGAGACUCCAGCGAUGAGCACUGUGUUGAUAUCUCCUCUGUGGGCACACCUCUUGCCCGAGCCAGCAUCAAAAGUGCAAAGGUGGAUGGGGCCUCCUAUUUCCGGCACAAAGAAAGGCUUCUGCGCAUCUCUAUCCGCCACAUGGUCAAAUCCCAGGUGUUUUACUGGAUUGUGUUGAGCCUUGUGGCUCUCAACACUGCCUGUGUGGCCAUCGUCCAUCACAACCAGCCCCAGUGGCUCACCCAUCUCCUCUACUAUGCAGAAUUUCUGUUUCUGGGACUGUUCCUCUUGGAGAUGUCCUUGAAGAUGUAUGGCAUGGGGCCUCGACUUUACUUUCACUCUUCAUUCAACUGUUUUGAUUUUGGGGUCACAGUGGGCAGUAUCUUUGAAGUGGUCUGGGCAAUCUUCAGACCUGGUACAUCUUUUGGAAUCAGUGUCUUGCGAGCUCUCCGGCUUCUAAGAAUAUUUAAAAUAACCAAGUAUUGGGCAUCUCUGCGAAAUCUGGUGGUCUCCUUGAUGAGUUCUAUGAAGUCUAUCAUCAGUUUGCUCUUCCUCCUCUUCCUCUUCAUCGUUGUCUUUGCUCUCCUAGGAAUGCAGCUGUUUGGAGGCAGGUUUAACUUUAAUGAUGGGACUCCUUCAGCAAACUUUGACACCUUUCCGGCAGCCAUCAUGACUGUAUUCCAGAUCCUAACAGGUGAGGACUGGAAUGAGGUUAUGUACAAUGGGAUCCGCUCCCAGGGUGGAGUUAGCUCAGGCAUGUGGUCAGCUAUCUAUUUCAUUGUGCUCACCUUGUUUGGAAACUACACACUGCUGAAUGUGUUCUUGGCCAUUGCUGUAGACAAUCUGGCCAAUGCCCAAGAGCUGACCAAGGAUGAACAAGAAGAAGAGGAGGCCUUCAACCAGAAACAUGCAUUGCAGAAGGCCAAGGAGGUCAGCCCGAUGUCUGCACCCAACAUGCCUUCUAUCGAAAGAGACAGAAGGAGAAGACACCACAUGUCGAUGUGGGAGCCACGCAGCAGCCACCUGAGGGAGCGGAGGCGCCGGCACCACAUGUCAGUGUGGGAGCAGCGCACCAGCCAGCUGAGAAGGCACAUGCAGAUGUCCAGCCAGGAGGCCCUCAACAAAGAGGAGGCCCCACCAAUGAACCCCCUCAACCCCCUCAACCCGCUGAGCCCCCUCAACCCACUCAACGCCCACCCGAGCCUCUACCGGAGACCCAGACCCAUUGAGGGCCUGGGCCUGGGCCUGGAGAAAUGUGAGGAGGAGCGCAUUAGCCGCGGGGGGUCCCUCAAGGGGGACGGAGGGGACCUGCCGAGUGCCUUGGACAACCAGAGGAGCCCCUUGUCCUUGGGCAAACGGGAGCCACCAUGGCUGGCCAAGCCGUGUCAUGGGAACUGUGAUUCGACCCAGCAGGAGGCUGGGGGAGGGGAGACUGUGGUGACCUUCGAGGACCGGGCCAGGCACAGGCAGAGCCAGCGGCGCAGCAGGCACCGUCGUGUCAGGACCGAAGGCAAGGAACCCUCCUCCACCUCCCGGAGCAGGUCUGCCAGCCAGGAGCGGAGUCUGGAUGAAGGGGGGCCCACCGAGGGGGAGAAGGACCGAGAGCCCAGGGCCAGCCAUGGGGGCAAGGAACCCACAAUCCAGGAAGAGGAAAGAGGCCAAGACUUAAGGAGGACCAACAGUCUGAUGGUGCCCAGAGGCUCUGGGCUGGCAGGAGCCCUCGACGAGGCCAACACACCCUUAGUCCAGCCGCAGCCAGAGUUGGAAAUGGGGAAGGACACGGCUCUGACAGAGCAGGAGCCGGAGGGCAGCAGUGAGCAAGCUCUGCUGGGGGAUGUGCAGUUGGACAUGGGCCGGGCCAUCAGUCAGAGUGAGCCCGACCUCUCCUGUGUCACGGCCAACACGGACAAGGCCACCACUGAGAGUACCAGCGUCACCGUCACCAUCCCCGACGUGGGCCCCUUGGUGGACUCAACUGUGGUUCACAUUAGCAACAAGACUGAUGGAGAAGCCAGUCCUUUGAAGGAGGCAGAGAUCAAAGAGGAGGAGGAAGAGGUAGAGAAGAAGCAGCAAAAGAAGGAGAAGCGUGAGACGGGCAAAGCCAUGGUUCCGCACAGCUCUAUGUUCAUCUUCAGCACCACCAACCCGAUUCGCAGGGCCUGCCACUACAUUGUGAACCUGCGCUACUUUGAGAUGUGCAUUCUCCUGGUGAUCGCAGCCAGCAGCAUUGCCCUGGCAGCCGAGGACCCUGUCCUGACCAACUCGGAGCGCAACAAAGUCCUGAGGUAUUUUGACUAUGUUUUCACUGGCGUGUUCACCUUUGAGAUGGUUAUAAAGAUGAUAGACCAGGGCUUGAUCCUGCAGGAUGGGUCCUACUUCCGAGACCUAUGGAACAUCCUGGACUUUGUGGUGGUGGUUGGCGCAUUGGUGGCCUUUGCUUUGGCAACUAACAAGGGGCGGGACAUCAAGACCAUCAAAUCUCUGAGGGUGCUCCGAGUUCUGAGACCGCUGAAGACCAUCAAGCGCUUGCCCAAGCUCAAGGCUGUCUUUGAUUGCGUGGUGACUUCCUUGAAGAAUGUCUUCAACAUACUCAUUGUCUACAAGCUCUUCAUGUUCAUCUUCGCUGUCAUCGCAGUUCAGCUCUUCAAGGGAAAGUUCUUUUAUUGCACGGACAGUUCCAAGGACACAGAGAAGGAGUGCAUAGGCAACUAUGUAGAUCAUGAAAAAAACAAGAUGGAGGUGAAAGGCCGGGAAUGGAAGCGCCAUGAAUUCCACUACGACAACAUUAUCUGGGCCCUGCUGACCCUCUUCACUGUCUCCACAGGGGAAGGAUGGCCUCAAGUCUUACAGCAUUCUGUCGAUGUGACAGAGGAAGACCGAGGACCAAGCCGCAGCAACCGCAUGGAGAUGUCCAUCUUUUACGUGGUCUACUUUGUGGUCUUCCCUUUCUUCUUUGUCAAUAUCUUUGUGGCUCUCAUCAUCAUCACCUUCCAGGAGCAAGGAGACAAGAUGAUGGAGGAGUGCAGCCUGGAGAAGAACGAGAGGGCGUGCAUCGACUUCGCCAUCAGUGCCAAACCUCUCACCCGCUACAUGCCGCAGAACAGGCAUACCUUCCAGUACCGCGUCUGGCACUUCGUGGUGUCGCCGUCCUUUGAGUACACCAUUAUGGCCAUGAUCGCCUUGAACACCGUCGUGCUGAUGAUGAAGUACUACUCUGCUCCCUGUACCUAUGAACUGGCCCUGAAGUACCUGAAUAUUGCCUUCACCAUGGUGUUUUCUCUGGAAUGUGUCCUAAAGAUCAUCGCGUUUGGCUUCUUGAACUAUUUUCGAGAUACCUGGAAUAUCUUUGACUUUAUCACCGUGAUUGGCAGUAUCACAGAAAUCAUUCUGACAGACAGCAAGCUGGUGAACACCAGUGGCUUCAAUAUGAGCUUUCUGAAGCUCUUCCGAGCUGCUCGUCUCAUCAAGCUUCUACGUCAGGGCUACACCAUCCGUAUUUUACUUUGGACUUUUGUACAGUCCUUUAAGGCCCUCCCCUACGUCUGCCUUUUGAUUGCCAUGCUUUUCUUCAUCUAUGCCAUCAUCGGGAUGCAGGUAUUCGGAAACAUAAAAUUAGAUGAGGAGAGUCACAUCAACCGACACAACAACUUCCGGAGUUUCUUCGGGUCCCUCAUGUUGCUCUUCAGGAGUGCCACAGGUGAGGCCUGGCAGGAGAUAAUGCUGUCGUGCCUCGGGGAGAAAGGCUGUGAGCCCGACACCACUGCGCCAUCAGGGCAGAAUGAGAAUGAGCGCUGUGGCACCGAUCUGGCCUAUGUUUACUUUGUCUCCUUCAUCUUCUUCUGCUCCUUCUUGAUGCUCAACCUGUUUGUGGCCGUCAUCAUGGACAACUUUGAGUACCUGACUCGGGACUCAUCCAUCCUAGGGCCUCACCACUUGGACGAGUUUGUCCGCGUCUGGGCAGAAUAUGACAGAGCUGCAUGCGGCAGGAUCCCGUAUAAGGAUAUGUACAAAUUAGUGCGGGUGAUCUCGCCGCCUCUGGGCCUGGGAGAGAACUGCCCCUACAGGGUGGCUUGCAAGAGGUUGGUCCUGAUGAAUAUGCCAGUAGCUGAGGACAUGACCGUCCACUUCACCUCCACACUCAUGGCUCUGAUACGGACAGCACUGGACAUCAAAAUCGCCAAAGGUGGUGCAGACAGACAGCAGCUAGACUCAGAACUACAAAAGGAGACCCUGGCCAUCUGGCCUCACCUGUCCCAGAAGAUGCUAGAUCUGCUCGUGCCCAUGCCCAAAGCCUCUGACCUGACUGUGGGCAAAAUCUAUGCAGCAAUGAUGAUCAUGGACUACUAUAAACAGAGUAAGGUGAAGAAGCAGAGGCAGCAGCUGGAGGAACAGAAAAACGCACCCAUGUUCCAGCGCAUGGAGCCUUCAUCUCUGCCUCAGGAGAUCAUUGCUAAUGCCAAAGCCCUGCCUUAUCUCCAGCAGGACCCUGUCUCAGGCUUGAGUGGCCGUAGUGGAUACCCUUCGAUGAGUCCGCUCUCCCCCCAGGAAAUAUUCCAGUUGGCUUGUAUGGACCCAGCCGAUGAUGGACAGUUUCAGGAACAGCAGUCUCUGGAGCCAGAGGUUAGUGAAUUAAAAAGCGUGCAGUCCUCUAACCAUGGCAUCUACCUUCCUUCGGACACCCAGGAGCAUACGGGAUCUGGGAGGGCAUCCUCUAUGCCACGCCUGACUGUGGAUCCCCAGGUGGUGACAGACCCUAGCUCCAUGAGACGCUCAUUUUCCACCAUUCGGGAUAAGCGUUCAAAUUCCUCAUGGUUGGAGGAAUUCUCUAUGGAGAGAAGCAGUGAAAACACCUACAAGUCACGUCGCCGGAGUUACCACUCCUCCCUGAGACUGUCAGCUCAUCGCCUGAAUUCUGACUCAGGCCACAAGUCUGACACCCACCGCUCAGGGGGCAGAGAGCGGGGACGGUCAAAAGAGCGAAAGCAUCUUCUCUCUCCCGAUGUCUCCCGCUGCAACUCAGAGGAGCGAGGGACCCAGGCUGACUGGGAGUCCCCCGAGCGCCAUGAGUCCAGGUCUCCCAGCGAGGGCAGGUCACAGACCCCCAACAGACAGGGCACGGGUUCCCUGAGUGAGAGCUCCAUCCCCUCCAUCUCUGACACCAGCACUCCGAGACGAAGUCGCCGGCAGCUCCCGCCCGUGCCACCAAAGCCUCGUCCCCUCCUUUCCUACAGCUCCCUGAUUCGACACACCGGGAGCAUGUCUCCACCGGCUGAUGGAAGCGAGGGUGGCUCUCCGCUGGCCUCCCAAGCCCUGGAGAGCCCUGAGGCCAGCCUGGCGGAGUCUUCCAGCUCCCGGCACGUACAGCAGGGUCAGCACGCCUCCCCACAGCGCUACAUCUCCGAGCCCUACCUGGCCCUGCACGAAGACUCCCACGCCUCGGACUGUGGCGAGGAGGAGACACUCACCUUCGAAGCAGCUGUGGCCACCAGCCUGGGCCGCUCCAACACCAUCGGCUCGGCCCCACCGCUGCGGCACAGCUGGCAGAUGCCCAAUGGGCACUAUCGACGGCGGAGGCGCGGGGGGCCCGGGCCAGGUGUGAUGUGUGGGGCUGUCAGCGACCUCCUGAGUGACACGGAAGAGGACGACAAGUGCUAGAGGCUGCUCCCCCCUCCGAUGCAUGCUCUUCUCUCACACGGAGAAAACCAGGACCGAAUUGGGAAGCCAGUGCUGCCCGGGGGGGAGGAAGAGGGAGGAGGAAGAGAGAAGGACACCAUGCAUUAUUGGACAAGACGAAGGAAAGGACCCAAGGAAAACCAGUCGAACGCGCCCGAUUGCUUUACUUCCCUUUGCAAGAUGGGCACUGCCAUAGUUUUGCCUCUUUGCUGGGGAAAGGAAAUACAAGAACACAGAGGGUUAUUCCCACGGCAGAAGGGACGUGAGGAUGGCUUUGCUUCCCCUUGCCCCUUCCCACUUUUCUCUAAGCCGUGGAGGGAUGGAGCUGGCCUGUGUCUACGCCCCUUGCCCUGAAAAGCCUGGAAGAUUUUUCUGGCUCUUAACUGGGGAGUCGUGGAGGCCACAGGAGAGGAACCUCCUCCCUCACCAGCUCUUGCUCCCUGGCCAGCACCACUGCCAUCAGGGCAACCACAACGGCAUCUCAUGCGUUACCCUCUGGCUUGCUUCCCCCAAAGAAGCACAGGCUAAGUUUAGGAGCCUUGGAUGCCAAGGAUAGGAGGCAAGGAGGGAGGGAAAAGCUGAAGUGGAACAAGGGGUCAGGGUGCCGUGGCAGCAGCAGCAAGGGCUGGUCUGGGUGAGCAAAGCCAUAGUCCAGCAGCCCAGACCACAGGGGAGAGGCUCAGAGAGAUGAUGAAUGGGUGGUGUUGGGGGCAACAGUCCUGUCUCUUGGAAGCCUGUCACCCACUCAGCAGGUGCUGCAUUAGGGUAGGCCAGGGAGGUCCCUCAGGCUCCACAGAGGCCCCUGACGCUCCAGGAAGGGUGAUAUUUUAAAAGCAUUUGACCCCUCUGGCCAGCGCACCAGCUGGUGUGAGCAGAGGUUCAGCCUUCCUGCUGGCGCCCCGUGCUCUGCCAGGCCUUAGCCCUGCAAAUGCUGGUCAUAAGGGAUCCCUGAGCGGGGUGGGGGCCAUUUAAGGCACAGUCUGUUUUCCAACCAGUCUAGAAGAACGUGGAACAGUCCUACAGUUGUAUCAGCACAUACAGCCAAAUGUCAACCUAGACUCUGGCCCAGGAGCCCGCGGGCCUCUCUGCCAGUCCCUGACCAGGCAGCACACAUAAACCCAAGGUGGGCCCUACAUCACCUGGUAGAGACUUCUAGAGAGAGAGGAAAGGCAGACAGAUUGAAAUGAGAAGCUUCCAUGGGAGCAUCAGUGUGAGUUUGCUGAGGACCUCCUGGGAGGAGGGGCCCUUGGUCUGGCAGCUUCCUCAGCCAGCUUGUGCUUAAGGGUCAGUUUGGCAUGAUACUUGGAAGGUGAUCAGUAAAUAUACCUCAGCUUAGACCUGGGCUGCUCCUCCUAGCAAAGCAGGUUCUGACGGGGCCUCAUCACAUCAUGUGAUGAGACUGGGCUUUACCCCUCCCCAGAGUAAGAGCUGGGCAGAAGACAGCCUCAGGCCACUGUGUCCUUCUUAACUCCCCAAUCUCAGAAGCGUUACGAAAAAGAGAGCCUUUCUUGGCUAAUCCGUGCUCCUCUUGUUUCGACUGUCCAUUCAGGGAAGCACAUCACUCUCCUUAUCUGGUGGAAUGCACCGUCCCCUUCACUUCCUCCCUGGGUCCAUCACAGUAAGGAGAAGGAUCCCCGGAGAAGGGCGCCAGGCAGGGCUUUCCCUGCUCUACCAGGAGCAGAUGGGGCUUUCCUCGCAGGACCCUCCCCUGGCCUGACAUCACAGUGGAUAAACACUCUUUUUUAUCCUCCUCCAGCCAAAACAGACUCCACCCCUUGGGUAGGAGAAGUUAGGCGCUGUUGUUUUUCUUAGAAGGAGCCUCUUUUUACUUAUGAAGCUUUUUGUUUGUUUUGGUUGAAAUGGAACUAAGGAGUAGUUGCAUCAACCCCGAAAAGCCAAAUACAAUCACGUGGCUGCAGGAUCAUUUGUCAUGGCUCUGCCUUCUCUUCUAGGUAUUGAUGCAGCUUCAUGACCCAUGGUCAGCCCCUCCGAUCAAAGGACUCCCAGGGCAGGAGACCAGUGAGGCAGAACAUAAGCUGCCUCCCCUCAGACCUUCCGCUCACUUUCAUUUUCAUCUCCCGCUGAGCACUUGUGUACUCGGGAGUAGCUAGCAAUGUGAACGUGACCGUGGAACGCCCCGAUCCUAACAGGCGUGCGCUUUACACAAGACUCAGGCGCUGGGCCUCAUAGUGUGGUAAAGGUUUCCUCUGCUCAGCAUCAUUUCGUGCCAAAGUGCUGCUGUGGGCUGCUUUCUGUGCACAAAAUUGCUUUUUUCCACCUCAGAAAUGCAGCUUUCCCUGGGGACAGGCCCACAACAGGACAGCCGUUCUGAGUCAACAAGUCUAUUGCAUUGUGUUUUGAGAAAAGGAAUUGAAGCGAUAUCUUAAGCCAUUUCAACAGCAGGAGAAAUUUGGGCUGGCAGAGCAAUUACCAGAAAUGGAAUUUGCCUGUAAACCACAUUACGAACACUAAAUUUACCAUGCCAGGAAACCUUCCUGGACACCUGAACUCCUUAAACCCCUAUAUACACAAGAAUUUGAGUCUUAAACGAAGUGCUGUAAAGUCCUGCAGACACAGUCUCCCGACCAACCACCUGCGUUUUUCUAGAUCAGUUUCCCCUGACCAGGAAAUUGGGUUUCUUCUCCCUUAGCCUGCAUUUAUCUUUCCAUUAAGACCAGAAAAUAAAAGACAGUCUUCAGUUAAGUCACAGAACUCAUUAUCAUAAUCUUCUUCUAACCAUUUCCUUCUGCCUGUUGAUAAGUAUGAACUCUCACCUUCCCUCUAAUUGUUGACCAGGACAUCCCUUCCUACUUAUCAGAUUCUGCCUCUUCUCUUUCCCUUGUAAAGCAGCCCCUUGAGAUCUCAAAACAUGUGCUUCUCUUUGGAUUAAAAAAGUAUGGCAGCAUCUCAAGAAAUGCCAAGCAAACUGGGAACACUAUCAGUGUUUCAGACACUCAGUGUUAUCAGACUUAGUACUGCAGGUCCCCUCAGAAGAAUCUUUAUAUAUCCAGUUUCCCUUGCUAAUAUUAGUCUUCAGCAUCCUCUCAAAACAAAGAAGGAAUGAGGGAGAGAGGAAGGGGGAAAAAAAGGAAAAGAAACCAAGGUGGAGAGAUAGUCUAUGUCUGUGUUUAGAUACUCCUCUCUUCACUCACAGCUCCAGGCAGACUUCUAGUAACUCACGUGUCUCCCUCUCUCAAUCCCCAUGAGGUCAGAAUGCCAGCCGGCCUUCAGACAUAGGAGUAGCGCUCUAGGUCAAGAGGCUCUGUGAACCAGGGUCAGGAUAGAAUUACCUCCACUAUAAAGAGGGUGUACCCUUGAAUGUCCCCCCCAGGGUCAACAUAAGCCAUGAACACAACUGCCCAAUGUGGAUCUGUCCCUUCUUCUAGCUGAGGAAUUAAUUUUUAUUCUGGGCUUCACUUCUGCUCACUACUCACUGUCCCUACAGGGUACUGAAAUCACGGACAUUUCUCUGAAGCUGAAAUCCAGAUGUUCUGGAUUUUACACUCUCUUGACUCUGGGACCACAAAAAGACAACCCUGUAUCCCACCAUUCAGCCGGCAUCUUCUUUCCAUACACACAUCCACCUCUCCUACAACCUUUGUGAUGAGCCUGAGUGUCUCCUGCCUUCUAUUCUCCUAUCCCAGCCCUUGCUCUGCUGCAUGUUAGCAUUGACCCAACUUCUGAGAUGGUUAAAUUCACCUAGUCCAGGCUUGUUUGUUGACGUGCCUGCCUCUGCUGUGGGGGAAUGCUUUGAUCUCAUGAAAAUGGUUGGGGACUCACCAGGUGAUACUCACAAGGUGAUCUGAAACAGUAUAAGGUGCAGUACUAUUGGGGCAUGAUGGGGAUAUGAAAUGUCUGCAUACUCAAUGAAAGCCUACUGCAGGCAAAUUAGGUCUCUCCUGGCAUAAUAGAACAAAAUUUAGUAAUUUUGAUUUUUUUUAAAGAAAGUUCUCAAUUUUUCAUUACAUCCUAUUUCUAAAGCCUGUUCUGGAUGUCUCAUUUUUGGACAGAGUUUGUCUUUAGUAGGUUGAGCCAAGGAUACAUGGAGAUUCAUUUCUCAGCUAAGCUAUAAUAAAUAUUAUGAGGUCAUGUAAAGAAAAGGUAUAUGUGUAACAGGCAGGGAGCAGAUAGUCCUCUACCUUGGAGGAACUUUGUGAAACUGGAAGGUUAAGGAAUUUUCACCCUUUUUUUUUUUUUAAUCAGUUUCAUGUUUGUUAUGAUGUGACACCUUCAAAGGCAUGGUGCCAGUGUGCACAAAGAUCAUGGUGAGGAGAGGCAUUUCCAUGCCUUGGGGUAGCCUCUUCCUCACCAGAUUCUCCCUUCCUGUCCAUUCUUCCUCCCUAGAUUCCCAGGCCUUGAGCAUUGUCUGAGAGGUUUAGGUGAGGUCAUUGUAAGGCAAGAUAAAAGAGAGAAGUGGUCCCCCUGCAAGUGGCCAGUUGGAGUGUCAUGUUUUAAUUCCAGACAAGAGCCCCACAAGGAAUCAGGUCUAGGUUUGGAUAAAUCUAUCUCCAUACUGAGACUCUUAAUUUAAUAAAAGCCAAACAGAAUUAACUCAGGACUUGGGACCUAACCUUUGCAUGACAGGAUCAGAAGAGACGCCACAUUAAUGAGUGCUGCCUGUAUUUGCAGCUCUUUCUGUCUUUAGUUUUCUCUUCGGCGAACCACCCAGUAUAUUGUAGCCAUUUAUCCCAACGGAGCCCCAGCUGAUGGCUUCUCUGCUGGUUGCAGUAGCAGGCUUAGCUAAUGACAGCUGAGGUGAUCUGUCAGCCAUCAUGUGCUGACUGACCCUCAUUCAGUCAGAAGAACACAGACGUACCACAUGGGGGAUUGGAUAAAAAACUGAACUAUCUUUGGUUUCUGAUGGCCAUCUUUUUCUUCCCUUAAAUCCUUCCUGCUUUGACCCUCUGAUGCUUAGGCAUCCUGGAGAAAUCACUCCAAGCCAAAGAUAACAGAUCCAUAGAUUGUCCCAGCCUACCCAAAGGGCCUGGAAAGCUUCGCUUAACAAAACUCAAGCCAGUUGGUGGAGAAAUAUGAAUGAGACUCACACAGAGUCUAAUGGAGAGCUGGGGUGCCUCCAAACUGCCCUUCUAUUUUUGUAGACUUCUUCCUUCUGCUCCCUUCCCUCGUGCUAAAAAUGGGGAGAAAGGGACACUAGUAUCUUGACCUAAAUGCAAACGAUUUUAUAAUAAGCCAUGCUACUAUGUAAAUACAUUAUUGAGGCUUGAAUUCUUAUUUCUGGGGGUAUGAAAGAGUUGAGCAAAUCUGAUUUUAAAAAUGGUAAGGGGAUCUAUGUUUAUUUUUAUUUGGUAUCUUUUUGUUUGGAUUUUUUGUAACCUGCUCUAGAAUAACAAUGAAGGAUAAAUAUGUGCUCUGCAGUGUUUCUGAAUCAGCUUCUAAUUAAUUUCCAUCAAACUUAAUAUAUUUAAACCAAAAGUCUGAGGUUAUAUAGUACCAGUUCCUUCUUCUCUGUUUCUUUUGUCUUUCUUCUCCAAGUCAGUCUCUGUCUCUUGUUUCUAGGGACAUAAAAUGUAACCUACAUUAAUGUAAAGUUUCCUGAAAACUUCAGUGAGAGCCAAGGAAAGAAUAGAAUGCAUAUAGAUUUUUUUUUCCCCAGUACAUCUUUAAUCAAUAAGUAGGAAAUUUAGGUCUUGAGAAGAUAAAAUGUUUAGGAGUAUGGUAAUCUGGAAAUGAAAAUUAUUGGGGGUCAAAAAUAAUUCUAUUUCAGCCUUCCAUACUAGUGCCUUCAGCAAGGGUAUUGCGUCUACAUGCUUUAUUUCCCUCACUAGGAAAAUUGAAAUACUAAAGCUUGGCUAAUUAAUGGGUGUGUCAUAGUGUUUGUAAGUAAAUUACUAUCACAUCAUUUAAAGUUCUUAGUCUCCACAAAUCAACUUAGAAAAAUCUUCUGUCCUUUUAUCCCACUAAGGACCUAUGAAAUUCUUGGCAUUGCUAUAAGCAUUCAAUUUUUUGGAAGAAACUUCAUGUUUACUGGAACCUAAAUCCCAGAUUUGCUUUAUUUUCACCAUCUCUUCUUCCCAUUUUCCUUCCUCUUUUUUUUUUUUUUUUUUUUUUUUA